CGUUUCGUUAGUGACUUGAGAUAGCAAGAUAGCUAGCCUAGCCUCUAUUAUUGGCCCUUAAAUAUAGUGUCUGUGUCAUUUUUUGAAAAAAAUAUCUAAGAUGAAUACUAAACGUUUAAAGUCAGGCUGAACUAUUGCAAUAAUUUAAUCUUGUGACGCGUCAGAGACCUCUCUCAAGUUUUAUUCGUUAACCACCCGCUAGCAAGCGUUGGCUAACUGUAACGUUAUUCAGUCUUCACCAUGGCAAGUGCAGCAAAUACAAACCUUAACGCAGUCCGGGAGACAAUGGACGUGUUGCUGGAGAUCUCCAGGUUGCUGAACACUGGUCUGGACAUGGAGUCUCUGUCGAUAUGUGUGAGACUGUGUGAGCAGGGCAUCAACCCAGAAGCGUUGUCCGCAGUAAUCAAAGAGCUGCGGAAAGCUUCUGAAUCACUCAAGGCUUCUGAAAACUGCACUAACUGAAGUUGCAGCCUGAUCACCUCAGUGUGGGAACUUUGGGAUCAUGCCCUUUCCUGGAUCUGUACCUGUCUAUGGGCUCCUCAGCCAAUCAGAUUGGUCUGUGUGUUGGCACUCUGUCCUCUGCGUCUCCUUGGUGACUGUAACUGCUCCUGGUCUGUGCUUUGACUGUGCUGUGUCUGAGUUUCUGAGUAAAGGAAUCAAACUCAGUCUUCUUCCUGAACACAAGUCUUCUCCUGACAUGAGGGCACGGUCAGCCAUUCUGCCUCAAAUCUAAGUUCCUCCUGCUGUUAUUUGUAGUAACAUUGACAUCCUGCCUUAAUUUAAGAGCGUUAUUUCUGAUAGUCAACUUGUGUUGCACUUUUCAUGAGGAAUUGUUUUUUUAUGAUGUUGUUUAACAUGUAUGCAAUGUUAUGAAUUUGUUUUUAAUUUUUUGCAUCAUUCAACAUAAUCCUUUUGCAUUUUCAUUGUUCAUGUGACCAUCAAUGAUGGAACAAAGUCUAAAUUAAAAUGUUACAGUCGAUGGCCACAA